GAUACUCUGAUAAAGAUUUCCGUAGAUCUCUUGAGCCUAAAGAUAAUGAAAGAGGAUACUCUGAUAAAGAUUUCCGUAGAUCCCUUGAAUCUAACAAUAAUGAAGGAAGCUACUCUAAUAAAAACUUUCAUAGACCUCUUGAGCCUAACAAUAAUGAAGGAGAAUACCAUGAUAAAAAUUUAAGAUCUCUUAAAUCUGACGAUAAUGAAGGAGGAUAUUAUGAUAAAAAUCAUUAUAAAUCCCAUGAAUCUGAUGAUGAUGAAGGCGAAUACCAUAAUAAAAAUUUAAGAUCACCUAAACCUGAUGAUAAUGAAGGAGGAUAUUAUGAUAAAAAUCACUAUAGAUCCCAUGAACCUGAUGUUAACGGAGGAUACUAUAAAGAAAAUCUUUGCAGAUCUCAUGAACCUGUAGAUAAUAAAGGAGGAUAUUAUAAUAAAAAUCCUUAUAGACCCCAUGAACCUGGCAAUAAUGAAGGAGAAUACCAUAAUAAACAUUUAUCUCUUGAAGGAGGAUACUAUAAUAAAGAUCCUUAUAGGCCUCAUGAACCUGGCAAUAAUGAAGGAGAAUACCAUAAUAAACAUUUAUCUUUUGAAGGAGGAUACUAUAAUAAAGAUCCUUAUAGGCCCCAUGAACCUGAAGAUAAUAAAGGAGGAUACCAUAAUAAAAAUUUAUCUCUUGAAGGAGGAUACUAUAAUAAAGAUCCUUAUAGGCCCCAUGAACCUGAAGAUAAAGGAGGAUACCAUAAUAAAAAUUUAUCUCUUGAAGGAGGAUACUAUAAUAAAGAUCCUUAUAGACCCCAUGAACCUGAAGAUAAUAAAGCAGGAUACUAUAACAAUCCUUAUAGAUCCCAUGAACCUAACGAUAGUGAAGGAAGAUACUAUAAUACAAAUCCUCACAUAUUCCAUGAAUCUGACAAUAAUAAAGGAGAAUACUAUAAUAAAACUCUUUAUAAAUCCCAUGAACUUGACGAUAGUGAAAGAGGAUACUAUAAUAAAAAUCCUUAUAGUUAUAGAUCCAAUGAACCUGACGAUAAUAAAGGAGAAUACUAUAAUAAAGAUCCUUAUAAGCCCAAUAAACCUGAUGAUAACGAAGGA